AUGCUAAAGCUAACGCCGAUUCACGGAGCUUCUACCAUGGAGAAUCAGCCGCUAUUCAAUGACACCUUGCACUAUGGAAGCGUCUCUGAGUCUGUUGCUGUUAAACCAAAAGCCGCAUCACAGAUCAACACACUCGACAUCAUUGGUAAUGCUCGCAACAUUGAGCGCAUUAGUCGUCACUUGGACAAUGGGAACCUCGGCGCCGCCAUUGAUGUCUUCAUGGCACUUGUCUCGAUAGUCUUCUCUGCUACAUACGUUGCUAACACGUAUAUUCCUUUUAAUAGUAUGCCCCACUCCAUCUGGGUGGUUGAGUUGAUCUGCGCGUCGCUAUUUACCAUUGACUUCGUGUUUCGAGGCAUUUAUCUAUCUACUAGUCGACGCCAAGAAUAUUUACUGUCGCUAACAGCAUGCAUUUACCUUGUAAACAUUCUACCAGUGCUUCCAGCAUCCUUCUUCAUCCGCUACCAUACAUUCUGGUACGGUGAGUCCUGGUGGCGCUUUAUCUAUCCUUUACGCUUUGCCAUGUGCUAUCUCACCGGCAAAGCAGUGCUGAGCCGCUGCCACGCGUACUUGAACCCAGUGCGUCAGUUUGCAUUCUUGUGCUACCUGCAAAUUGCAUGUAUCCUGUUGGGUGCUGCUGGCAUCAUUCAAGUUGCUGAGACGAUGGAUGGUACGCUCUCGGUCAAGAACCUUGGCGAGUGGACUUUCUUCAACUCGUUCUUUAACUCCGUCAUGACAUUCGUGACGAUUGACAAACCGCCUGCGGAGAACAACCUGUCAAAAGUCUUUGUGGGCAUGCUCGUCUGUGUUUUCAUUUUAGUUAUCCCGUACCAGAUUUCAAGCGUUAUGGACUUGAGCAACUCUGUCUCACCUUAUGAGGAAGCUAGUUACAAGGCUUCUUCUAAGAGCCGGCAUGUUGUUUUGUGUGGCGAUCUCACUGCUUCUCGCAUCAGUCAUUUCUUUCAUGAGAUUUUCCACAAUGAUCAUGAUUUUGUUGGUAUCCACGUCGUUGUGCUGAGUGAGGAACCUCCGGCCACGUCUCUCAAAGCGCUGCUGUUGGACCCAUUCUUUGCAAAGCGUGUACGGUUUGUCCAGGGGUCUUUGCUUGACAUUGACGAUACAAGACGCGCGGCUUGUGACACUGCAGAUGCCAUUUUUAUUUUGACAAACACUGUGAGCGAUCAAGAAACUUCGGUCAGCGAUCACCGCACUUUGAUGCGUGUGCUGGCGGCGAAACGGCAGGCCCCAAAGACGCGCGUGUUUGCACAGCUCAAUCGAUCCGUCCACUGCCAGCUGGUUCGUGACAUGGGAGUUCAGAAUGUGCUCUGCCUAUCGGAGAUGACGAUGUCUCUACUUGGCCAAAACUGCAUUUGUCCCGGCUUCUCAACCUUUAUGUACAGUCUCACGUCGACUUCCAGUUUUGAUGACGACAACGACGAAGGCCUGGGAAUUGAUGCUAAGCGUGCUAACCGCUCUACAGCUGUUGACAAUGGAAAAGGUUCGUGGGUGGACAGGUAUUUGCUAGGAGCGAGCCACGAGGUUUACGUAGUCGAGUUGCCGCCGACAUCCGUGAUCGCGGGCAAAACUUUUUCUGAGUUGGCUUCGCUUGCUUAUUCGCAUUGCAAUGGAAUUAUUGUUUUUGCUGUUACUGAUGGCUCCCGAGGCAAAAUAGUCCUCAACCCUGGCGAUUCCUACACCUGUGUCGGUGGUGAGACGGCGUACGUGAUUGCUCAGACCCAAGCCGAUGCUAGCGCAUUGACAGAUCUGAAAAUAAUGUCUAUGCCGUUGGCAUGGCGCGAAAUGCAAGUUUCGUACUCUUCCUCACUUGUGCGCAGUGAGCCCGGUGCAGGUGACGAUCGUGAUGCAGAAAUUCCUCUUCAACGACACCACGCGCGGUUUGUGAACUGGCAAUUUGGGGAUUAUGACGACUUGGCGUCUGAGAAGGAGACAGAAAUAGAGGAAAAGGGCGAGACUUUUUCUCCAACAAAAAACACCUCCAAGUCGGUUCAAGAUGCUGUCAUCAAUGACGUGAAAGAGCUCGGCUCUGGAGUGGAUCCCAUCGUGAUCUGCGUAACCACAAAAUCGACUUACGCGAAUGAUCUGGAGCAUCUCAUCGGUCCCCUCCGCACUCGCUCUUUGAAACGAUACUACCCGAUAGUAAUCCUAUCAGCAAAGCUUCCUGAUGACGAUAUCUACGAUGGUUUCAGCCACUUCCCUGAUGUCCACUUUGUCGUUGGCGACCCAUACCGCCACAAGACUUUGUACAGGGCAGGCGUUCUCGAUGCUCAUCGUGUAUUGAUCUUGGGUACUUCAGCUUCAGCGUCAGACAACGACUCUGAAUUGCUCCAGGAUGCGGAAUCAAUCGCGCUGCACAAGUUUAUCACAAGUUUUAUCGGUGUGAAACAGGCACCGAGUGUAAUUACAGAAGUGGGGAACAGGGCCAGUGUGCAUUUUGUAGCUCAAAACUUGUUGGCAAACGGUUGGUUUCCCGGCCCUGACGGUGAGAAUGAACUUACCAUGUUUUCUUCGACAAAGACAUUCUCGCGCAACUUUUUUCUUUCACCGGCAUUUACGUCUGGAUUAACAUAUAGCACGUCGCUGUGCGACAGUUUGUUAAUCAACCAGUUUUUCAACGGACAGAUCAAGAAAAUCUUGGGUGAGUUUAUGGUUACAUCUCGCGCUAGCGACACAUGGGCUACGUUGCGUGGUGACAAGUCGAAGCCAGAAACCCAGCGCAGCUCUCUUUUUGCUGUCGAAGUACCGUUGGACUUUGUGGGUCGCUCAUUUGAGUAUGUUUUUCAUUAUCUGCUGUCAUCUGACGACAUUUUGGUGAUUGGACUCUAUCGCUGCCACCCGUACAUGAAUGCUGCAAGUGCCGGAGAGUCGAUAGCGCGAGUUCAAGUACCUGAAAAGGAUCGCAGCGUACCUUUUGGCUAUGUGUAUGUGAAUCCGCAGCCUUUUGAAGUGAUUACGGGUGACGAUCUACUCUAUGUGCUAUCAGAUAAACAGCCCUGCUGGGCCGACUCUCAAGACGCGUUAGAGAGCUGA